AUGUCAGAUCAAACACCACUAGAAACCAAAGACAAUACUUCCAAAAAUUCAAGCACCAACACCAAAAAUCCUGGUAUGGAUUCAUCACACCCAUAUUUUGUUCAUCAAUCAGAUCACCCCGGUCUCAUGCUCGUUCCCAUAAAGUUGAAUGGCACCAAUUACCCAUCUUGGAGUAAAUCCAUGCUCCAUGCUCUCACGGCCAAGAACAAAGUUGGCUUUGUCAACGGAUCCGUUCAACCUCCUGUAGAAACAAAACAACCAACCGAAUAUGCUCUCUGGAAUCAAUGCAACAGUAUGAUUUUAUCAUGGCUUGCUCAUUCGGUGGAACCUGAUCUAGCCAAAGCAGUUGUUCAUGCCAAGACUGUCCAUCAAGUGUGGCAAGAUUUCAAAGAUCAAUUCUCACAAAAGAAUGCCCCAACCAUAUAUCAGAUACAGAAAUCCAUCGCCUCUCUCUCACAAGGCACCAUGACAGUUUCAGACUAUUACAAGAAACUCAAAGAUCUCUGGGACGAAUUAGAAACAUAUCAAACACCUCUCACAUGUAACGAGAUGAAAGCACACAAUACACAAAAGGAAGAAGAUCGGAUGAUGCAAUUCCUUAUGGGCCUCAACGACACCUACAACGGUGUUCGCGGGAAUAUCCUCAUGAUGUCGCCAUUGCCUAAUGUCCGCCAAGCCUAUUCACUUGUCGUUCAAGACGAAACACAGCAACAAAUAACAUCAGGACCAACAGAGAAUUUUUCCAUUGCCGUUGCGAUUCACAGCCGAUCAAACAAUAUGUCGAAUAAUUCGACGAACAAACACUGUGAGCACUCUGAUAGAAACUGUCAUACAAUCGAAGAAUGUCGGACCCUUAAAUUCCAUUGCAAGUAUUGUGAUAGGAGAGGCCACACUGAGGAUAGAUGUAAAUUUAAAAAUGGGGCAUGGGUUCCCAAUGACACAGGAAUUCAAGGCAAUAGGCAUAAUCAAUCUAAGCAACAACGUCAAGGGUCUAGAGGGCACAUCAAUUCACGUGGGUCCUUUCCUACUGCCCACGCCGCAGACACAGCUCCAUCGCAUGAGGCCCAAUCAUAUGGUUUCAGUGCACCAACCCAGCCAGCCUCUCAAUCCAACCCUUUACAUGGGUUUUCUGCAGAGCAACUCCAAGAACUAGCACAUGCUGUUUCUAUGAUGAGUUCAACUCAUUCCUCUGGUAAUAGCAAUGCUUAUGCAAAUGCUGCAGGUCUGGCUUCUUUUUCCAUUCCUUCCAUAAAUUCUGUGUUCACUAAACCUUGGAUUUUAGAUAGUGGAGCUACUGAUCACAUCACUUAUGAUCCCAGACUUUUCACUAAAACUGAAUAA